CCCAAGAAGAAAAUCAAAUAAAAAUCUAAUUUUGGCUUAACAUUAUGUUUAAUGUUUAUACUUUUUCCAUUUCAUUACAAAACUGAAGGCAUUUGAUUCAGGCUCCCAUACCUAUACCACAGUCAACCACUAGGAGUGAUAGAUAUUUUGCCUCAACUCAAUUAGGCUAAGUCAACUUUAUUUAUAGAGCACUUGAAAAACAAACACGGAGGAAGUGACAGGAAAGGGUCUCUUAACAGAGGUGGAUCUUUUAAUAGAAAUGUCAAGAAGUUCCAUUAUUGAAGAAAGUCUCGCUAUAUAUUCCAGUUAUCGCCAGUUGAUGAAUCGAGAAAUUAGGUAUAUACCAUGUUUCUUUAAUAGGCCUUUGGGCUCCCUUAUCUUUGAGGAAAUUUUCCAGUUCAUAAACAGAGCAUCGCACUCUGCUGGCAUCCUUUAUUAUGAAUCUCAUGGAAAUAUACGCAGGGUGACUGAAUAUAACAUUUCCACAUACUCAUUAUUAGAAUUUUUGUUCAAAGAGAGGAUUGAAAUGAAACGUGAAAGCAAAUAUACAGUCUCUCUCACUAAAGAAGAUUGGCAAGGCUUUCUGCACCGUGCUGCAGUUUGUUACAUUUAUGUUAAGGACCACUCGACAGCUACAGGCUUCUUGCUGUUUGAUCGUUAUAUACUCACAAAUGCACAUGUCAUUAAGGAUAUUAUUAACAAAGGAAAUUUACAGGUUUCUGUCAUGUUUACCUUUGAAGACAUGAAGGGUGGAACAUACUUCAUGUCUUCAAAGGUAAAACCAGAAAUUGUUGCUGGCGGGUUCGAUCAUAAUUGGCAACAAAGCCUGGAUUUUGCUUUACUGGAGCUGGAUCUGCAGGAGCAUGAGGUUCAGAUACUACCUCCUGCUAUUCUAAGUACAUUUGGACCUCCCUCGGGGAUGGAAGAGAUCUACAUUAUUGGACAUCCUGGUGGCGGGGGAAAAACGAUUGAGCUAUGUGACAUUACUGAAGAUCCCAUGUAUUUAGAGGGUAGAAUAUUCAGGUAUAAAACAAAUUUCACAGAAGGGUCCUCGGGCUCCCCAAUCUUUGGGGAUAGUUUACAGUUGCUAGGCAUGCACACUGGUGGCGACAAACUCAGUGACGGAAGCGCAAUUGGGUUCGGCAUUCCCAUGACGAUUAUAUUAGAGAAUUUGCUCCUGCAGUUGAUAGAACAAAAUAAACAUGAACCUCUGUUAAAAUUUAUCCUUGAAGCAGGGAAGGGUGAACAUACCAUUGGGCUCAUUGCCAAAAUCUGGCAUAUGUUAGGGAGGCAAGAUGUUGAGGGUGUUUUACCAACUUCCAUCACUAUUCCAUCACUUCAUCUCCCUCCUACUUAUGCUGCCAUAGCCAUAUCUGCCGGAGCAUUGCAAUUCAUAUUGCACUCAUCUAACUUUUAGCACUGCCUAUAGUCUCCCCUACUUUGACUAAUUGCAUUUAUU